CUGCUUCGGACAGUUGUGAGAGAGAGGGGAAGGGAUCGAGAGCGCGGCGGAGGCGAUGGCGAGCGGAGGGAAGGGACUCAACGCGACUGGGGAGUUCUUCCGGCGGAGGGACGAGUGGAGGAGGCACCCUAUGGCGGGGAACCAGCUGCGCCACGCCACACCCGGGCUCGGCAUCGCCAUCGUCGCCUUCGGGAUCUACCUCGUCGGCGAGGCCGCCUACAACCGCCUCUACCGCCCCUCCGGCGACAACCACCACUAGAUCGCCGGCAGGAUCCGUGACUCGGUCAAGAAGCUGGAGCCAACUUUACCAAGCACUGGUGCUGUUGAUGUUUUUACAGUUUUGAGCUCAUAAGGUCAGCCAUGACCAUAUUGUAAUCUGUGACCAGGUAGACUUGCCCACUGGUCCGUCCAACUAUUGUCUUGGGACCCUGUGUUAAUCCUUGCUAUAUGGAUCUGACAGUGCUCAUGUAAUUCAAGAAUCCUGGACUAUCUUUUAUGUGCUUAUUUGAGUUUG